UCUCUUCUUUUUUGGUGCAUUGGUAGUAAACCCCGUGAAAGCACCGAAGUUCCUCCACGACACCCGACGCCGACUCGACUAGGACUUCUCCCCUCUUCUCAACUCACGUUGCCCAGGCCAGCCAGCGUGAAGCCGAGGAGAAGAUUUUUGGACACCACAUUUCGCGUCGCCGGCCCGCGUUAAGAAGAGCGAGAUGUCCGACGAAGACGGAGGCCUGUUCAGCAUCGCCAUCGAUGACUCGGACGAGGAGGGCCUGAUUUCGGAGGAGGCGGCCAAGGCCAAGGAGAGGCCCAGAGACUGGCAGUCGGAGGAGGAGUUCCAGGAGCUCAGGGCCACGUACAGAGUCAACUUGCAAGACGGUGAUAUAUGGCAGAAGAUCGAGCUGCCCCUGGCCGCCGUUGCUCAAAAGACCAGCAAGCCGGCGCUGCAAGAGCUGCUGCACGCCGUGGAGGAGCUGUACUUCCUCCGCCGGUUCGAGGAGGCCGCGAGGUUCGCGAGGCGGGUCCUGGACGGGAGCGACGCGGCGCUGGAUCGCGACACAAGGCAGCUGCUGGUGCGGUACGAGGAAAAGUGCCGAGGUCGGAUGGGGAAGUGAGAGAUAAUACCCGGUCGAAACUGCACAUUACCAUGGACGGAUUAGAUGUGUGGUGUGGGUGGUCUAUUAUUUCUAAAAAAGGACACUCUAAUUCUAGUCCAGAGACUGGGAGAUGCUUCUUUUUUGGUGUGUAAAACCGCACCCUCCUCGAGUGCUCUGAUCGUGUAGGGGUAUUCCCAAACUCCGAAAAAACUUUGUACAAUCGAGAGCCUCAGCUGAGACUUGAGGCCCUCGGGGGAUGGUUGUGUCUACCCCAAAAAAAUCCGAUGUCUGAACGCCGUUCUAAAACCCUGUUUUCCGUAACCGCCCUUUUUUUUCCAGAAUCAUGCUGCCCGCUGUACAGAAAUCGACGAGGAAACGCUGCAACGCAAGUAGUCUUGUCG